AUGUCAACCUUGAAGCAGUGGCUUGCUCGCCUGGUCUGGUGGCGUACAGAUGCGCCCAGCCGGCCUCCACGGAAAUCACGCAAACGGGUUCGCUCAAAGCCGUACUUCCCUGACCUUGUGGAUGUAGAUGAUGAAAACGAUACAUCUCAGGCUCUUGAGUACUUUUCCGUUCCCAUGCUAAUCAGGUGUAGCAAACCGGAGGAUACUGAGCUACCAGUCAUUCGGACACUGGGGGAACUGCAAUCGAACCCGGGGUCAUUCAUUCCCCUCGCCCGCCAAUGUUUACGCUGUGAGAAUAUCCUCGGCGAGCUCGAGCCUUCUUCCAGUAUUGUCCGGGUCGUAAAGUUCACCUCAGCAAUGCUUCGGGACUCUGCCAUCACGUGCGAACUCUGCUUCGUUAUCCUUCAGGGUAUUGCCAAACACAACUGCCUGGGAGACACCGCCGGGCUCACCGUAAGGGUUGAUUCAAACUACGCCCAUAUCAUAGUCAACGCCAAUGGCAAGGACAUCCGAUUUCAAAGUGUCCCGUACAUCCCCUGUCCAUGGCUCCAACUUGGCAUGGGACACGAGGUCGCUGUUCCCGGCAGCAUGCAGUGUCUUCAGCGUGUCAAGAAAUGGAUCUCUUACUGCGAAUCAAAUCAUCAAUGCGGUAGCGCCGCAGCGACUGCAAAUUGGCUCCCGACAAGAGUCAUUGACGUUGGAGCAGAUGGCAGAGGCGUUCGGCUCAAAGAAACGGCAAAGACAAACACUUCUCCUGGGCGCUAUCUCUGUCUGAGCCACUGCUGGGGCGUCCGGCGGACCCUGACCACGACAACCGAGAAUAUUGACCGCCAUUGCGCCCAAUUGGGUUGGUCUCAGCUUCCUAGGACCUAUCGAGAUACCAUUUGCGUCGCUCGGCUAUUGGGGAUACCAUAUGUCUGGAUCGAUUCCUUGUGCAUCAUUCAGGAUGACGGCGACGACUGGGCUCGUGAGUCAAGCGCCAUGGCAAACAUAUACGAGAACGCCUACCUGACAAUCGCUGCUACUUCUUCCAAGGACUCCAGUGGCGGCUUGUUCUCAACACAGCGAGUGAGACAAGAGCUCGUCUGUGGACGAAGAUAUGGGGCCGACGGCGCACCUUAUCUGGUCGCAGCCGUGGAGGAUGUACCACAUCCCAAGCUGACAGAUGAGUCUCGAAAGCUUGCACAAAAGUGGCCCCUGUUGACGCGGGCGUGGGUUUUUCAGGAGAGAUUACUGUCGCCGAGGGUCGUGCAUUUUGCAUCCCCGGAAAUGUUCUGGGAGUGUAGAGAAAUGAGCUCUUGCGAAUGCGGCCGGCUACAGGAAUCGGCCAAAUCCCACUAUGAGAAGACAGCCAACGACGACUCGCCGCAGCUGAUGAGGAAACAAUGGCUAGAAAUGGUUCAAUCGUACUCGGCCCUGAAUCUUUCAUACGCAGACGACAAACUCCCGGCCUUGUCUGGCGUUGCGACCAAAAUGUCGUUCAGGCGGUCAGAGUCUAGAUAUCUCGCGGGUCUGUGGAGCGAUUCAUUAGAAUUUGACUUGUUGUGGAUAAACAAAGAUGCCAUGGUACCGGGCAAAGCAUUAAACGCGAAGCCGGACGAGUGGCGCGCUCCUACAUGGUCAUGGGCAUCUAUCGACGCGCCCAUCAAGUUCCCUUUCAAGGAUCACACCAAAGUUCAAAUUCACUUCAAAGUCCUGGAGGCUUACUGUAAGCCGGCAACAAAUGAUGAGACCGGCCAAGUCAGCAAAGGGUCUCUCAAACUUGAAGCCCCGGCCGUCUGGGGAGAAGUCGUGGCCAUUAGAUCAGUGGACCAAAGGCCCGAGUUGAAGAUGGGAAAUACAACAUACUCGUUGACCGGUGGAAAUCGUUUCUACCCUGACAAUCCAGCAGAUCCUUUCGGAAUUGGGCUUGGGAAUAUGCGCCGUGUUGAAAAGGUUCUAUGCAUGGGCUUAGCCACAGGCAGCGGGUUACACAGCCAGACUCAACUUGCCUUGGUUUUGUAUCGACGACGUGAAAGGGAUCCGUAUGAGCGAAUUGGAAUGGUGUAUCAGUGGUGCGAAAUUACAAGGUCCUCUGAUCCUAACCUUGCAAUAUAUGAACGAUACCAGACUCCUCAGUCUGAACGAUGCUUCGAGCCGUUGGAAGGGGAACUAAGAAAGGUGACGAUUCUAUAA